AUGAACCGUCUUGACCUUCCAGAAUAUGCAGAAGAUGCUGCUGUUUUACGCUUCUAUCAUCUCGACUCACUUGAGCCCGAAGUAUGGGUAGAUGAUGAACAUCAUUAUGACUAUGACCAUGAAGAGAAAGAAUCCAUCCAACAGUUUCAUCAUCCUGAACAAGAUGACAUGACCAACCAAACUACCAUAAGACCUUCAGAGACAGAUAUUGAUUUGCAAGUCAUUGAUGAUAGCGACCCUUUAGGUGUCUAUGCUUCUAUCUUUCCAGAUGAUAUGUCGAGAAAUAAGAACAUUAGUCAGUUAAAAGAAAAGGCUACAAUGAUGAUCACAAACAACAAAUUCCAACCUCGGCAUUUUUUACUUCAGGUCCAUAAAGACACAAACUAUAAUGAUCUUGUAGACGGCGAAGAGAGACUUAGAAGAGGUGUAGAUCAAAGAGCAGAAGCUCAAAAGGAUCUUGUUCAUCAAAACUUUGAUCGUUUUGUAAGUGCCAAGAAUACAAUUGACCAUGUCUAUGAAGAAAUGAAAUCAAAGCAAUUGAAUAAGGAACAAGAAUAUGGUACCAUUGGUAUUCAGAAAGCAUUAGAUGCUGCCAAUACAAAGGCUGAACAGGUGUAUGGACCUGUGGUAGAAAGACGUCAACGAGCAGAAAAAGUGAGAAGUACACUUUAUAUUUUACAACGUUAUCGGUUCUUGUUUAAUCUGCCUAGUAGUCUGUUGGAGUCUAUUAAACAGACCAAAUAUGAAGCUGCUAUUCGAGACUAUAAAAAGGGCAAAUACCUUUAUCAAGUACUUAAAGGAGAUUUAGAUGCUUCAGAUAAAAAUGCUUUACCUGACCUGGACAAUAACGAAACAGGCAUUACUGAUCUUCAUCAUAAAGUAUUCGAUAAAGUAUGGGCUGAAGUGAGCAAGAUUGUCAUUGAGCUUCAAAAUGUGUUGCGUAGAAUGCUAACUGACCCUUGGCGAAGUAUGGACGACCAAGAAAAGACAAUCAAUUUCUUGUUUGAUUUGGACACAACAGAAGAUCCUGCUUGGUAUUAUCUAGACAGCCAAUAUCAAUGGAUUAUGGGCUUAAUGAAAGAAACAUACGAUACAAGCAUCAAGAAGGUCAAUAGACUGAAAGAAGAAAGCGAGACAGAAGAGUCUGCUAUCAAGCGUAGUUUAGCUCUCAAGAAAGCAAUCAAGCAAAUACAGACCAAGUCCUCUGAUCUGAAUGAAUCCUCCGAACUAAGAGUAUGGCAAGCUAUUUCAGAUCUAGUGAAAUCCCAAUCUUCUCUCUUGUUACGAUGUUUGCCUGAUUUCUGGAGAUUAUCAAAGGCUUUUAUUGAAGGCAAAUUUGCAAACAAGGCAGCAGCUGUGUCUAGUACAGGUCCUAUCGGUGUUGCUUCAAAUACCCGUAGAAGACGUAUUGGCAUGGACAUGAACAAAGUAGAACAAUGCCAGCGCAUGACACGCGAUAUUAUUGACCGAUAUGCUUCUUUGAUCUCUGACUAUUUCUCCUUGAACGAAACUCAUUUACAGACAAAGAAGAGUAUAGAUGGAUCUGAAAAGCAUAUCAUGCCAUCUUUUGUGCCUGUCAAUGUGAAUUCCAUUUCCACCUCUGAAUAUCUGACACUGAUCAUUAGUGAUCUGGCCAGUUGUGUGAAUGAUAUCAAUGCUAUCAAUCUUGCUGGUGAAGCAUUUUCAGGUCUGACUGAAUUGAUGGAAAAGACAAGAAAUAAGUUUAUUGAUGUACUUUGCAAAUGUUGGGAAAGAGAUGCAAAGACAUUUUACAUGCUUGAAGAGUGGAUCCUGGACUCUCAAAACCCUCAUAUUACGACCUUAUUGAAACGAUAUUAUGAUUAUCACAAGUAUUGUGCUCGAUCAGCUUAUAAAAUAGCCAGUUUGUCUGCAAUCACCAGUGAUAGACAAGAACGCAAGAUUUUACCCCAUUAUAUUGAAAAGAUUCGGGGAUCCUUUUUGGAAUCAACAUAUACUUUUCUUGAUGGCUUGGUUCAACUGGCCUUUACUGACUAUACACCAUUGAAUGAAAAAGACGAACUCUUGUUAGCCAAAAAACGAGAAAAAAUCGAUGUUCAUUCUAUGGAUGUGCGUAUUUUGUUGACUGUGAGCAAUUUGGACCAUAUGCGUAGUAAUGUUAUGCGCAAACUGAUGGAUUUAUUUGAAUCUGCUUACCAUGUCAAUAUGGAAGAAGACUUGCAUACGCUGGUCGAUGUGGUUGAUCAAUUAGAUGAAAUAUUGUUUGGUGAUUACAUUAAGCGUAAAUCACAAAUGAUUCGAGACAUUGUUCGACAAGGCAUCCUUAUGAGUGGUAUUGAUUGGUCAAGUAUUCCUAAACCACAAGAAGUACAUCCCUUUGUGUAUGAAGCAUUAAUGACUCUGGUUAUGGUGCAUUCUCAAAUCAGCAGUGUCACAAAGCAACUGGUCUCAAGAGCCUUGUCCAAGCUACUCGAGGCAAUGGCAAGUGAUUGUCUCGAUAGUUUUAGACAGGUAGAGAGAUUUGGUAUGGGAGGUAUGCUGCAGGCAACAUUGGAAAUUGAAUUUAUGCAUCAAACACUAUCACAGUAUGUGACAUCUGCUGCAUCAGAUACCCUUCAAUCAAUUUAUCAAACAAUUGAACAAGCUUAUGAUCCUCAACAGCAACAAUCAAGUAGUCUUCAGUCUGAAUUAAGCCAUGUGAAAGAACUGCUUGUGUUUAGCAGAAAGAGCACAGUCGUACAAUUCUUGUGCUUUAAACAAAGCAAGGACCGUAGGAAGACAACCAUAGCUAAAUAA